CGACUGCUCAGACUGCAACAGUUCCUAUAGAAACAACAGUUGGAGCAGAAGAGGCGGUGACCGCAUCUGGUGAGAUAGUAACGGAAGGUGUCAAGAUUCCUACAUCUACAACAUCUAUCAAAACAAUAGUUGUCACAUCACCGAUGGCAAUAAAGACAACAAGGGGUCCAACAAUAACUGGACAAGAACGUACAUCGCCCGGUAACCGCACAGGAAAUAAUGGUCAGAUACAAUUAUGGCAAUUUCUGUUGGAGUUAUUAACAGACAAAGAUGAGAAAGAUUGCAUUUCUUGGGUCGGUGACAAUGGGGAAUUUAAAUUGAAUAAUCCAGAGUUGGUGGCACAGAAAUGGGGAGCGAGGAAAAACAAACCCACUAUGAACUACGAGAAAUUGAGUCGAGCACUGAGAUACUACUAUGACGGGGAUAUGAUUGCAAAAGUACAUGGAAAAAGAUUUGUUUACAAGUUUGUGUGUGAUUUACGGAACCUAUUAGGAUACAAUGCUGCAGAGUUGAAUAAACUAGUGUCAGAGUGCGUGUUGAAACAACAACAAAGAGUAGCUAAUCGAUACAGAUCACCUGAUAAAUAAGUUUUAUGAUACUGCAUCAUACAUGGCACUAAACCACUGUGUGGCUAUAGCAGACUGACAGCUGUGAUGACUUAUAGUUGCUACAAUGAACAUUCCACCCUAUAUUUAUCAUCCUUGUUAAACACAUAUGUGGAAUGUCUGGUGAUCACCUUGAGUUCAUAGACUGUAUACAUCAAAUACAGGCAUUGACACAAAUGACCCACUGAGCACUCGGAAGGAUGGAGUUGUGACCGUUUCGUAACAUUUUGUAUAUACUUAUUAAGUAAGUUAUGCUGGGAAGAAACAAUCCUUUUGCAGUCCCUCCCCAUCAUGAAGAAACCUCACAAACUGAUCAGUAUGUGUACAUCAAUCAAUCCAAGAAUACUACUUGGUCGCAUGAGAACUUCAAAGGCUGACUGUUGACGUUUGUCUUUCAUAGUUAACACAUGUUUUCCAUAUCCUUGUACACCUGAACGCAACAGAUAUUUUUGUGAAUUAUAAUAUUAACACAAUUUGACCACAUAAUCUUGCAUGAAUCAUUCACUUCAAAUACUCUUUAAAUGUUGCAAGUAAACAUUAUGUAUAAAUACAAUAUAUCAUUUCCUAUUCUACUUUUAUUAUACGAAUUUGAGACUUUCACUGCUCUGAUAUGAACGCAUAUAAAUAUUUUAGACUUGCACCACUGAGAUAUGAACACAUAAACAUUCCCAUUCAUUUUCAGAAUAAAGCUGUUUAACAAAUCA